AUGGCCGCUGCCAGGGACCAGCUGCAGCUCAGAUUAAUAACUGACUACCCUGAAGAUGUCAUAAAUGUAGGGAAAAUAACGUUUGGUGAAAAACAAAGAGACGAGCUAGAAGAGAAACUAGGAAUUCAAAACACUAAUCUCACCCAAGCAGCCUGUGCCCUGCUCAACUCAGGGGGAGGCGUGAUAAGAGCUGAAAUUGAGAAUGAAGGCUAUUCCUAUAAGCAACACGGGUUUGGACUGGACAUAGGGAAGUCCUUUCGGGAGUGUGUUCAAUCUGAUUCCUUUUCUAAAUAUUUUGACAUAGUCCAGGAAGGUUCUUGCUUGCAUAUCUGGGUCAAAACAUGGAGUACCGAGAGCAUAUCGCAACCUGCAGUAAUAUCAAAGGCUCGCCUUUGUUGCCUGGAUACUGGGCUGCUUCAGCGAUCCGUCACCUCAGCUGUGAAAAUGAAACCUUUGGAGGCUCUGGAUUUUCUGAAAGUGAAGCAAGCUUCUGCUAAGAAAGAUCCUGCAGAGAUGGCAGGGCUGAUUCGGAAGAGGGCUUCUCUUUGGGACGACAUACAGCAUUCAAGAGGAGCCGGCAUGCAGGUGGAAGAAGAUAUUCUCAAGGCCGCUGCUCGGUUUUUUGAACGAGACUGGCUAGAAUAUGAAGAGUUCCUGGAUUUCACUGAGUCAACAGAGGUUGAGUUCAAGGGAUUCCCGUAUUUGGCUAAGUCAGCAGAGGUUGAGUUUACGGCUGAGAACAUCCUGGAAUUUGUUAGAGCCAAGCUGCCCAACUACAUCUCUGCUUUUGCAAACACCAAAGGGGGAUACUUAAUUUUUGGCGUGGGUGAUGAUCGGAAGGUUAUUGGAUACGAAGUAAACUUACAGCCAGAUCAACUGAAAAUCGAAGUGCAGGAAACCAUUGAUAAGUUGCCCCACUUCCAUUUCUGUGCUUCUUUAGAGAAAGUCGCAGCUGAAUGUAAAAUCAUGCCUGUUUAUGAAACGAAUGGAACAAAGCAUGGCUGUGUCCUUGCUGUGAAGCUUGAGCCAUUUUGCUGUGUUGUUUUUGCGGCAGCUCCUGAUUCUUGGAUUGUGAAGGACCACCAUGUAAAGAAAUUGCGAGUUGAUGAAUGGAUUGAACUGAUGACAGCAGAAGACCCAGGAGAUUCAAAUGGGAUAAUUUAUAAAUCAGAAGAACUCUGUGCAGAACUCUUUUCUGAGUAUCUGGGACUGAAGAACAUUAUGAACAAGAAGAUGAAGGAGCUACAAUUUUCUAAGGGAGUCCUGGUUUUUUCAAGAAGCUGGGCUGUUGAUGUUGGGCUGCGGCAACAUCCAUGUGUCGCCUGUGAUAUCCUCUUAGUAGCCACAGACACAGUUCCAGUGCUAUACACAAUUAUUGUGGAUAAGAAUUAUUCUGACUCUUCAACAAUCCCUGUGUUGCAAUAUUCAAGGAAUGUUGCCCGUAUAUUAAAGCAGAAACUGGUGAAUGAAGGGGGGUAUACUCGGAAAGUAUGUGUGGUUCCACAUGUCAUUGAACUUGGAUCCAAUGGAGAGGUAAAGACAGAUCUGAGUUUGCCAGUCCCAUACCCUCUCACCUAUGUGGUCUCCAGGGAAGAUUUAGAAGAACUGACGCAAGCCCUUGCGAUUGUCUUGCUAAGGUUUAGGUCUUCCUUAAGUGACCAGCUUGGCUGUGAAUUUUUCAACCUUCUCACCACUAAGCAGCAUGAGAUCCUAACGAAGAAUCUCCAUAAGAGCAAGAAGCUGUUUGUCUAUGGCCUUCCAGGAUCAGGGAAGACUGUCGUGGCCUUACAGAUCAUACAGAAAAUGAAAAAUGUAUUUCACUGCAGCUCUGACGAGAUCCUUUACAUUUGUGAAAACAGACCGCUGUGUGAGACUGUGAGAAUGAAAAAUAUUUGCCAGGCUGUAACACGAGUCAGUUUUUUAAAAGGGAAAUACACUCAAUCAGUGAAGCACAUCAUAAUUGAUGAGGCCCAGAAUUUCCAGUCCGAAGACGGUGAUUGGUAUGGGGAAGCUGUGAAAAUUACACAAGCAGCUGCUCAUAAGCCUGGCAUUUUAUGGAUCUUCUUGGAUUAUUUACAAAAAACACACACAUUUGAUUGUGGGCUUCCUCCUCCCUAUGCUCAGCAACCUCAGGAAUGGUUAACUCUUGGGGUGCGGAAUGCCACUGAAAUUUUUGAUGCCAUGAAAGAACAAAUGCAUAACAUACUGUGCAGUCCCAAUGAACCUGGCAUUCCUUAUGAACAGUUAGAAGCUUUGGUAGAAGAAGCUCAGUGUGGUCACAGUCUAGGAGGUUUAUACAAACUGUAA